GGGGAAUAGAGAGCCAAGAGCGCAGACAACGACCAGAGAGUGCCGGCGGGGAGUCCUGGUGGAAAGCAUGAAACAUCGUCAGAACAUGAUUGUCUUGCUCCGACAACCACACCUUCAAGGUCGAAGAGCCAACGACUAUCUUCUCAGACAACCAAGCACUUGACUGAGGGAGAUCGCAUCGAACCUGUGAUGCCUUCCUCAUCAUGACUCGCAAAAUUCCAGCUGUGGUCAUGGAGUAUUGCUAAGCUAGGGCCAUUCACAGUUGUUCAGUCUAAGGAUACGCCUAGCGAGGACGAUGUCAGAUAUUUUGAUAUUGAACUCAUCAAAUUAAAGUUGACCAAGGAAACCAAGUAGGCGACUGUAAUCCCUGCCCAAAUCGCCAACUGGGAAACCCCUGCCCAAAUCGGCCAUCAUAGUGUUGUUGUGUCAAGGUCGAUAGUUUCGAAUCAUAUUUUUAACAGCUUUAUACAUUAAUUAUUGUCAAAAUUAGCAUAUAUGUUGAUGUUAUGAGUGUUAUCCCUGCUUUAUAGAAAUUGAAAUGUUUGAAGGUGUUGUAAGUUUCUGGAAUUCAAUUCAGACCUUAUUGACCAGUUUGUUUUUCAAAUUAUGGAGGGAUUUGGUCAAAAUCUGAAGAACCUUGAUUGUUGGGUUAAGUUUAGCACCCAUAUUCGACAGUAUUAACCAACUUGAACAUCAUCAAAGCUCUAUUCACCUCUCUUCAAUUUUAGUUUUUUCAUGUAUGUCGAAUUGAUUGAUAAGGUAAAGCUCUAUUUCUUUUGGGCUUGAUUCUUUUGGUCAUACAUAGCAUAGUUAGUUCUAAGCUCCUACUUGUGAACAUGUACUUGUGACUUCCGUUCUUUUAAUAUUAUAUUUGUAAUUUAUUUAUACCUUAAUGGCUUUAACUCUUUUACUUAGAAUUGUAGAGUGUAGCUUAUCUUCUAGUUUCAAAUUGACAAUAAUAAUUUUUUAAUAUUUGAUCCUCCAUUUGAUUUCUAUUUACUGGUAAGUGAUCACUAGGUAAUACAGAGUAUGUAUUACUUUAUGAUUCAACAAUGAUUUUUUCUCUAAGUCUGUUAUAGAGCAUGUGUGUAUAUGAUGAUGUAUUGUAUGUUUUGUGAUAUCUUUUAGUAAUACAAUUAAGUCAAUGGUUAUCUUUGUUGUGAUAACUUUCAGGAUCACAAACGUUGUUGGCAGGAGUAUGUGGUCACUUUUCACCAUUGGAAGCAUAGAGACACGCAAUUUCUUUCCAGAUAUAGUUAAUACUUUGUACUACAUUUGGAACUCACUACAAAAAGGAGUUGUAUUAAGACUACCUCAUCUCCAAUUCUUCUUCUGUCGUAACUCCUAGAGUGAUAUCCCCACCACUACUAUCUUGUUGUUUCCCAUCAUGAAUGUAAAUAAAAAUGUUAAACUAUGAACUUAGUGAACCCUUAUUAAUGUUGUAAUCGUAUUAGAGGAAUUUGGUUGGUGAUUCCUGGCCGGAUGAUUCCUUCCUCACUCUAAAGCUUCGCGGCAACACUGUUCACGCUGAAGGUCAACGCAUUUAGCUCUGGUUUCUCUUGAUCAAUCUCUGCUUGGGAGGUGUUGUUAGCUUCCCCUUGGUGUGAGGAUUAAGCACAUAUACUUUAUUCAAGCAUCAAGGAGGUUUGAUUUUUUGGCCAUUUUCUCCAACGGAUCUUUCCAUUCUCGGCACAACCAAGCUUAGAAUAGAAAGGUGCGAAGGCAUAUGGCAGAGAGCUUGACGUUAUUGUUGGAAAUAUUGCUUUAAACAAUUCGUAAAAGUAGGGAUCAAUCAUCAGGAAACUACUAGAAGGGGGUUAUCUGAUGAUUUAAGCGCCGAUGAUCGGGAACCCUAGCACUUCGGCGGCACCGCCGUCGCCAGAGCAGCCUCCACCUCCGGGAAGGAAUAUCUGGGACUCUAAGCGUACUUUUGUUUCUGUUUUACUCAAUAAAGAGGAAGCUAAAUUCUCCACCACUCAUGCCCGAUUUAAAGGUAUGCCAUCAGUUUCGUUUUUGGAGGAUGAUGUUCAAACACUUGCAGAUCAACAUAAGCAUGCUUUAGUUGGUUAUUUCUACAAGGGGCGGCCACCUCUUGCCACUAUAAGACGUUCGUUUGAAAUCAUCGGUUUCAAAGGAGUUUUUCAUAUUGGAUUGAUAGAGAAAAAACACAUCCUAAUCAGGUUUGAUAUGGAAGAGGAUUACAUUCGUUGUUGGAAUCGCCAAAAUUGGGACAUUCAAGGAAAUAUAAUGAAGGUUACCAAAUGGUCCCCUGAUUUUAAACCGAAUGUUGAUUCGCCCAUUGUUCCGGUAUGGUUGGUGCUGGAAGGUCUACCUAUCCACCUUCAUGAUAAAAGGGCUUUGUUCGAAAUUGCAGGACUAAUAGGCAAGCCCCUAAAAUUGGAUGUUGCUACUGCUACUCUGGCAAGACCAUCCCAAGCCCGAGUUUGUGUUGAGUUAGAUCUCACUAAGGAAAUGCCUAAUAAAGUGUGGAUCCAAGCUGGAAAAUUGGGGUUUGUUCAGCCUGUUAUCUAUGAAUACAGGCCGUAUUACUGCACCAAUUGCUUUCACCUGGGACAUGAAGCUAGUAGGUGCCCAAAAAAGAUGAUUGAAGGUAAUAUAGUGCCUCAGGUUGAAGCUACUGGCGCUAAAAAUAAUAAAUGGGUUGCUAAAACUCAGACUACUACUCAGGCAGAUAGUGUGAAAAUAGCCAGGAAGGACAAAGAAUCAGACCAAAACCAAAUUACAUCGGGGAAGUCUCAAAUUACAUCAGGGGGAGUUACACUGGACAAAGGGAAGGCUAUUGUAAUUUUUAAGUCUCAGGAAUCUCACAUGCCUUCAUCUUCUCAGCUUCUGCCUUCCCAGCCACAAAGACAGGAUUCUGUUCAGCCACCAAUUCAGCCACAAAGACAGGAUUCUGCUCAGCCCUUGCUUCUUGCUUCAUCUACUGCUCAGAACUCUCAGACUAUGAUUCAGGAAUCAUCUGCUAAGCAAUCCCAGAAUAUGACCCAGCAACAGGUUCUUGACCUAACAAAUAACAUUGAUUCAGAAUCUGACAUAGAAGAGGUUUUCCAUGAAAAACCACCAUCUGCAAAAAAGGUCUCUAAUGAGGAUAACAGAUUAAGCAUGAAAAACCUAGAUUAUUUAGUUCAUGGUAACAUUCCUGGACUUACCACAUCAAAGCAGGGUAAAUCCAUCAGGGAUGACUUUUCAAUCUUUCAACUGGAGAAAACCAAUGCUUUUGAUCCUGAAAUUGCUGCAAAAGAAUAUGGAUCUGAUUCAGAGGUACCAAACCAUACAGAAUCUAAAGAAGAUUGGUUAUUAGCAUUACCUGGUUUAGAAAAUAAAGUGAAUCAGUUGGUUAAUUCAGGUGUAGUCAGGGAUGACUCAGAACUGUUGUCAGCUUUAGCUCUUACUAAGGAUGGCAUACAAAAUCACAUUGAUCCAGGAGGAGAAUUUAUUACUGUGGGGAGGAGGAGAAGGCAGAAGAAAACUUAUACACAGACUCCAGGGGUUAUAACUAGAAGUACUGCCAGAAGGCAAGCACAGACUAUUCCCCAACCUCCUAAAUGAAUGGUCUCAUAUGGAAUUUGAGGGGUCUGGCUGCCUCCGGGCCAAGGCUGUCUCAUCUUAUCUCUAAAUGGAGGAUUCAAUUUCUCAUUGCUAUGGAGCCCAUGGUUUUUUCUAAUAAAGCAGAUUUUUUCAGAAUGGAUUUUGGUUUCUCUCAUGUUCUGUUCAGCCCU